CUGCUUUGCUUGCCUUUUAUGCUCCGACGUUUCUCUCUCAACUUACUCUUUCUUUGUUUACGCUUGUUGAUACAAACAAAGGUAAGCUCAGGGCAGAGAUUAAAUGUUAAUAAAUGAGCUGAGCUGCUUACUUUAUUAUUUCCUAUUAUUGGAAGAAUAAGAAAGGUGCUUUCUUUAAGAUUUCUGUUUUCUCUUUUCUUUUUUCUUUCUAUCGAUCUUCUUUUGAUUCACUGACUCUCAGCACAUAGUAAGCAGAGGGAUAAAGAGUGGCUUUUGAUUUUGCAAGAAUCUAAAUCUUGUUGAAGAAGAGUUACAACAAGAAAGAAAGAAGAGCAAAGGGAUAUACUGUUAGGUGAAAGGAUUAGAAAAGAUGGGGGAGACAGCAAACCAUGGGCCACCACCGCAACCCCAGGUACCACCAUCGCCGCUUGCGCUUUCUAGAGGACCGACUUGGGUUCCUGCCGAGCAACUACCGCAGCUUGAAUUCUGCAUCCACUCCAAUCCUUCUUUGCCUCAAGCAUUUUUAUUGGCUUUUCAACACUAUAUUGUGAUGCUUGGAACAACGGUAUUAAUUGCCAAUCUUCUUGUGCCUCGAAUGGGUGGCACUCAUGGUGAUAAAGCCCGGGUCAUUCAGACUUUGCUACUUAUGUCAGGAGUGAAUACGCUGCUUCAAACACUUUUUGGAUCGAGGCUGCCCACAGUGAUGGGUGCCUCAUUUGCUUAUAUGUUGCCUGUUUUUUCAAUCAUCAAUGGUAUUAAUGAUGAGAAUAAUGCAUCUGAGCAUCAGCGGUUUACCAAGACAAUGAGAACUAUCCAAGGAUCACUAAUUGUUUGCUCCUUUAUAAACAUCAUUCUUGGAUUUAGUAGGGUUUGGGGGGGACUGACAAGAUUAUUUAGUCCAAUUGUUAUUGUUCCAGUGGUCAGUUUGGUGGGUCUUGGUCUCUACGCAAGGGGCUUCGUGCUGCUAGGUAACUGUGUAGAAAUUGGACUGCCAAUGCUGAUUCUGUUGGUUGUUUCCCAACAGUACUUGAAGCAUGUCCAUUUAAGGACCAAAUUUAUAUUUGAGAGGUUUGCUUUGCUUUUUUGCAUUGGAAUUGUAUGGGCUUUUGCUGCUAUCCUUACUGCUGCUGGUGCUUAUAAUAAUGUUAAGAGUCAGACUAAAGACAGUUGUCGCAUAGAUCGUGCUUCCCUUAUAUCAGAUGCUCCUUGGAUUAAAAUUCCAUAUCCAUUUCAGUGGGGUACUCCAGUAUUUGAAGCAAGCCAUGUGUUUGGGAUGAUGGGAGCAGCACUUGUUACAUCUGCAGAGUCAACUGGAACAUUUUUUGCAGCAGCUCGACUUGCUGGUGCUACGCCUCCUCCAGCUAAUGUGCUGACCAGAAGUAUUGGCCUACAAGGAAUUGGUAUGCUGCUUGAAGGGUUUUUUGGCUCACUUGUUGGUACUACUGCAUCUGUUGAAAAUGUUGGUCUUCUUGGACUUACACGCAUAGGGAGCAGAAGGGUGGUGCAGAUUUCAACUGCUUUCAUGAUAUUCUUCUCCAUAUUUGGAAAAUUUGGUGCAUUCUUUGCAUCUAUACCUCUGCCCAUAUUUGCUGCCAUAUACUGUAUUCUACUGGGCAUUGUUGCUGCUGUUGGGAUCACAUUCUUACAGUUUGCUAACAAUAAUUCCAUGCGAAACAUAUAUGUUUUGGGCGUCUCUCUGUUCCUGGGUAUAUCAAUAUCUCAGUACUUUGUUUCAAAAUCCACUCCUACCGGUGGUGGACCAACUCGGACAGGAGCUGGAUGGUUUAAUGACAUAUUCAACACAAUCUUCUCGUCAGCUCCAACCGUGGCAAUGAUUGUCGGGACGUUGCUCGAUAACACACUUGACGCAAGGCGCACAAGUGAGGACAGAGGGCUUCCAUGGUGGGAACGAUUCCAGUAUAAGCACGGUGACAAUAGAACUGAAGAGUUUUACAGCUUCCCCCUCCUGAUUCGUGAAUAUAUCCCUACCAGAUUCCACUAGAGGUGGGAUAUAUCGUUUGUAUAUUAGCUACAAGAAAUGCAAACAUGCAUCAUGUUCAUAUGCAUGCGAACGGGGGGGACGGAGUGUUUGGAUCAUAGACAAACAUCAGAAUCUAAUUUCCUGGGGUUUUUCUUCGUCAAGACAGCACGCAUAAGGAUUAGGAAUUGUAAAUUAUGACAAAUUUGAUAUUUUACCAUGUUUACUCUUGUUGUGAUUGAGAAUAACAACAAAUUAAAGUUAAUUUGAACAU